CGCUUCGGCUGCUUCGAGGAAAAAGGCCGAACGGUGGGAACAAAUCACCAGCGGCCGAUUAGCUAAAGCAGCCGAGAGACCCGGAGCCCGAGUGGGCCAUGGCAUCGGAGGGUUAUUCUCAGAUUGAAGCGGAGCUCUACUUUCUGAUCGUCAGGUUUCUCCAGGCGGGACCCUGUAAGAAAGCGGCGCAGAUUCUGCUGGAGGAACUUGAGGAGAACGAGAUCAUCCCGCAGCGCUGGAGUUGGGACGGGAGGCAGUUUGAGCGAAACUUCUCGGACUGGGUUGCUCUGAACCGGCAUAUUCCAGCAGAUUACCUGUUGCGUGUCUGUAACCAGGUAUGUCCACUGGUGGACAAACACGUUCCUCCCAGCGUACCUGGGGUUCGCAGUCUGCUGGGUACUGGACGACAGUCACUUCUGCGUACAGCAAAGAGUUGUGCGUACACAGUAUGGACUGGAUCAUCAGUUGCUGCCCUCCACAGAGGACGACCACCCGAACCUCCUGUCAACUUUGGCAAAUCGCCGAAUGUUGUGUCCGUCAUGGGUGCGCGCAAGAUUACCGGUGCAGGGAGGUUUGGCCACGUUCUUCCUUCGUGCACCUACCAGCACAUGAAGAUGCACAGGAGGAUCCUGGGACAUCUUUCUUCAGUGUACUGUGUAGCAUUCGACCGGACAGGCAGACGCAUCUUUACGGGUUCUGACGACUGCCUAGUAAAGAUUUGGGCGACAGAUGAUGGGCGGCUGUUGGCGACCCUUCGGGGUCACGCGGCAGAGAUUUCAGAUUUGGCAGUGAAUUUUGAGAACACACUGAUUGCAUCUGCAAGCUGUGAUAAGGUCAUCCGGGUGUGGUGUCUCCGAACCUGCGCGCCAGUUACAGUCUUACAGGGACACACAGCUUCCAUUACUUCCAUACAGUUUUCUCCAUGUGCCCCUGGUACCAUGCGCUACCUGGCUUCCACAGGAGCCGAUGGUAUGGUCUGCUUCUGGCAGUGGAACAACCUUACCAUGAAGUUCAUUGACAGGCCUGUGAAGUUUACUGAGCGCUCUCGUCCAGGGGUUCAAAUAUCCUGUUGUUCCUUCAGUACUGGUGGGAUGUUCCUGGCCACUGGAGGAACUGAUCAUGUGCUUCGAGUUUAUUACCUGGGCAGUGAAGUACCUAUAAAACUGUCAGAUUUGGACUCUCACACGGAUAAAGUCAACGCAGUGCAGUUUUGCAACAAUAGUGACCGCUUGAGGUUUGUGAGCGGUAGUCGUGAUGGUACAGCACGGAUCUGGCAGUACCAGCAGCAGGAGUGGAAGAGCAUUACUUUAGACAUGAGCACCAAACUGCCUGGAAGCACUGCGGCAUCAGGAGAGGACAAGUCAACCAAGCUGGUCGUUACAAUGGUGGCUUGGGACCGUAGUGACCGAACAGUCAUCACUGCUGUCUCCAACUUCCUCCUAAAAGUCUGGAACUCCACUAAUGGCCAGCUACUGCACAUACUCUCGGGUCAUGAUGAUGAAGUGUAUGUGCUGGAGGCUCAUCCUUUUGAUUGGAGGAUAAUGCUGUCAGCUGGUCAUGAUGGAAAUAUUUACAUCUGGGACCUCAGCAAAGGCACCAAGAUACGAAACUACUUCAACAUGAUUGAAGGCCAAGGCCAUGGUGCAGUGUUUGACUGCAAGUUUUCUGCUGAUGGCCAGCACUUUGCCUGCACAGACUCGCAUGGACAUUUGCUCAUCUUUGGGUUUGGUUGCAGCCAACCCUAUGAGAAGAUUCCAGACCAGAUGUUCUUCCAUACGGAUUUCCGGCCAUUGAUUCGGGAUUCCAAUAACUACGUUCUGGACGAGCAGACACAGCAGGCCCCCCAUCUCAUGCCCCCACCUUUCCUAGUGGACGUGGAUGGAAACCCUCACCCGCCACGGUUCCAGCGCCUGGUUCCUGGCAGAGAGAACUGCAAGGAGGAGCAGUUGGUGCCUCAGCUAGGCUACAUGGCUAACGGUGAAGGGGAGGUUGUUGAGCAGGUGAUUGGCCAGCAGACAGUGGACGAGGGUCAGGAAGAAAGCCCUUUGGACAGUUUGAUCAGACAACUUCAGAACCAGCAAGAUGAGAGAAUGAACUCAGGAGACCAAAAUGCAGAUGGAGAAGCAGCAGGUGGUCCCUUGUCCCCACCAAACGUAGGCCUGCGUAGGAGUGGGCAGGUGGAGGGGGUUCGUCAAAUGCACAACAACGCCCCCCGCAGUCAGAUGGCUACAGAGAGAGACUUGCUGGCAUGGAGUCGUCGUGUGGUCGUUAACGAAAUCCCAUCAGGGAUGUUCAGGGUUAUGGAGGAGAGUCGACUGGCCAAAGGUGAUUUGGAACGUUUUUUGUACGUCACAGAGAGGAAAAAGAAGCCUGUUCCUACUCCAACUGAGCCGGUAGGCGUCUCUGUUCGUUCUCUGCGGAGACCACUGAGAAAACAGCAGCAAAAGAGACACUCGUAUCACACACGGUCCGCCCGCGAGAGGAGGAGGAGCUCUCACGCACGCUCUCGCUCAGGAGAAGACAGCCUUGGGGAAUCAGAGAGUGAGGCUGAGCAGGAGGAAGAGCAGGCAGAGAACAGUGACCGCUCAUCUGAAAGCGAGGCUCAGUGGGAGAACGCCACCAGUUCUAGUGAUUCGUCCAGCGAGUAUUCCGAUUGGACAGCAGACGCAGGGAUCAACCUUCAGCCUCCCAAGCGGACGACCAGAAGGCCGGCUCGUGUUGCCCAAAGCAGCAGCUCGGAGGAUGAAGGGGAGGGGCAGGGAGAGGGAGAAGAACGAAGUAGGAAAAAGAAAGAGCAGGAAGAGGAGAAAAAGAAGAAACCCAAACAAACAAAACAAAAAAACGUUCCUGCCGGUCAGCUUGAAGAGUGGCAUCCCCCGUCCUGGAUCAUGGAGACGAUACCCAGGCGAUCUCCUUUCCUACCUCAGAUGGGGGACGAGCUGAUAUACUUUCGGCAGGGACACCAGGCAUAUGUCCGUGCAGUGCGUCGUGCCAAAUCAUACAGUAUCAACCCCCAGAAACAGCCCUGGAACAGACUGGACCUCAGGGAUCAGGAGUGUGUAAAGGUGGUGGGUAUUAAGUAUGAGGUUGGUCCCCCCACACUCUGUUGCCUCAAACUGGCCUUCCUGGACCCGCUCUCAGGGAAGAUGACCGGCGAGUCCUUCAGCUUGAAGUAUCAUGAUAUGCCUGAUGUCAUAGAUUUUCUGGUGCUACAACAGUUUUACAGUGAGGCCAAAGAACGCAACUGGCAACCUGGGCAGCGUUUCAGGAGUAUUAUAGACGAUGCCUGGUGGUUUGGGUCGGUGGAGAACCAGCAACCAUUACAGGCUGAAUACCCAGACAGCCUUUUCCAGUGUUAUGUUGUCAGGUGGGAUAAUGGAGAAAGAGAAAAAAUGAGCCCAUGGGACAUGGAACCAAUACCUGAUGAAGCUCCUCUCCCUGAUGAGAUUGGAGACAGUGUCCCAGUAACGGAGGAGGAGCUUCAGGCACUGCUGUAUCAGCCACAGGACGGAGAGUGGGGCACGCAAACACGUGAUGAAGAAUGCGAGAGAGUCAUCGCAGCUAUAGACCAGCUGUUCACACUAGACAUUGCGAAGGCGUUCUCUUGUCCUGUGGAUUUGAGAGACUACCCCCUGUACUGCACUGUGGUGGCCUAUCCUACUGACCUCAGCACCAUCAGAAUGAGACUUGUACAACGCUUCUACAGGAGGAUUUCUGCACUGAUGUGGGAGGUGAGGUAUAUUGAGCACAACGCACGAACAUUUAACGAGCCACAGAGCCCCAUCGUCACGGCAGCCAAAGCACUCACUGAUGUCCUGCUACGAUUUAUUGGAGAUCAAAGCUGUAAUGACAUCUUGGAUGUGUACAAUAAAAUCAAGACGGAGCUCAGCAGUGCUGCUGAAGAAGAGGAGGAAGUAGACGUUGACUCGGACACUCCAGGCACGUCUACUGGUCAGAAGAAGCGUGGUGUGGUUCUGGACGUGCAGGCAUGGUUAGUGAAGUGUAAGGAGCUGAUGAGGAAAAUGAUCGCCAGUCCAGACUCUGAACCCUUCCGGCAACCUGUUGAUCUCUUUGCAUAUCCGGACUACAGAGACAUCAUUGACACUCCAAUGGACCUGGGCACAGUCUCAGAAACUCUGAUGGCUGGGAAUUAUGAGAACCCCAUGGAGUUUGCUAAAGAUGUCAGAUUAAUCUUCAGCAACUCCAGAGCCUAUACCCCGAACAAGAAGUCCCAGAUCUAUAGUAUGACACUCAGUCUGUCAGCUUCCUUCGAGAACCAGAUCAUCGCCAUCAUCUCUGAUUACAAAUCAGCCGUUCAGAACCAGAGAAGAUGCCAGCAGAGACUCAGCUGCAGCAAGAAAAUGCAGGACUCUCCAGAUAGCCCCAAAGGGAAGCACAAGCCAGCAAAGAAAACAAAAACUCCCAAGCAGCCCCCCAAGAGCCGCUCACAACAGCCUUCUCAUAGUGAUUUGAAUCCAGCUUUAGUCGAUGAAGACAGCCAACCAUCUUCGUCAUCAUCGUCGUCAUCAUCAUCACUAUCAUCAGCAAUGACUUCAUUACCUUCAGUGCCACCAGGAGCUAAAAGAGUCACACGUAGUAGAACUACACCCAGAAAAACAGAUGCUCAGUGCAACGGGCCACUUAUUAAUGGCGGCCGGACAAAGCGCAGACGAUCCACCUCGCUGGGACAGCAAGAAGCUUCGGACUCAGAAAACUCUGACUCUUCGUCGUCAUCUUCUUCAUCUUCAUCUUCCUCCUCUUCUUCACCUUCAUCAUCGUCUUCCUCUGAGAGUGAGGCAAGCGAUGCUGAAGUGGGCUUUCCUGAUGGUGGCGACCACGAUUACAGCAAAGCGCCGAGGCUGGCCCUCAGCCGGAAAGGGAAAAUGACAUCUACGGUGGCCUCUAGCAUUGCGGCUAUCGCUAAACGAAAAAGGAGAGCUGCAGAAGAGGAAACAGCAAAAAGUCUUAAACGGGUUUGCAGGGAACUGGUACAAGAAUUGGUACAGACCGAAGAGGAGGAGGAGGAAGAGGAGGAGGUGGAUGACGACAACAAAGAAGAUGGUGAUGAGGAAGAGGAGGAGCCUGAGGAGGAGGAAGAACCUGAAGAGGAAGAAGAACAUGAACAGGAGGAGGAAGAGGAGGAGGAGGAGGAGGAUGAGGAGGAUGAGGAUGAAGAAGGGAUGGCAUCGGCACAGUCAGAGCAGGUUUCCACUAGAGGUGGGAAGACGAAUCAGAGGACGGCAAAAUCGGGGCGGGUAAACACCCGCAACCAAGGGCGACGGACCGUAGUGUACAAUGAUGAUUCCGAGGAGGAGGGGCCAACAACUGACCCACUGAACCUGGGCAUGUCCCGUUCUGGAAGAGUCCGCCGGAUGACCGAAAGAGCCAGGGUCAGCCACCUAAUGGGCUGGACACACUGACCUUUUGUUGACUUUUUUUGACUUUUUAACCAACCUCAGACUGACUCACUACAGCAAUACUGCAGGGAUUUGUUCUUUUGUGUAUCUGUUUGAAUAUUAGUAGCUUUUGUCAUGUUUUUGUACAGGUAAAUGUUGUUUUUGAUUUUUUUUUGUUUUACUUAGUCAUCAAGGAGACUUUGUUUACGACUCUGGAUCAUGGUGCUGCCCCCUCUCGUCUAGCUCUGGAUUCCACGAAAAGAACAUCAUCUCGGCCAUCGACUGAAACAGCCUUAUUCUGGUCCAGAGCAUCUAGAAAUCUUUUUUUUUUUUCCCUUCUAUUCAUCUUUUCUCUUCUUCCCCUUUGGUUUGCCGGCAUGGUGCUGUUUCCAACUUGAAUAUAUUCACUGCACUGCAAGCAGAACAAUGGUGCUGUUUCUCUCUUUCUCUCACUUUUCACUCUCCCUCUUUUCUCAAAGUAUAUUUGUCAGUCAUCAUUUUCUGUUAACCACAAAAAAAAUGUUCUAAUAAUGCAUAUUGAUCAACUAAUAGGAAGUCCAUCUUCUGAAUCAAAUUGUUACCUCUGUUAGUGUUUCAUGUGUAUAAAAGACUGUCUUUUUCUUUCUUUUUUUCUUUCGGUCUCUUUCUUUCUUUCUCUCUCUCUCUUUCUUUCUGUUUCUAUCAAAUCUUCCAAGAUGCAUUAACUACUUCCAAUUCAUGAAUCUUUGCCCUUCCAUGUCUGGCCGUGCCUGUACAGAUACACAGUGGCUCUGGACACACUCACACUGCAGACUGUUUUUACAAUGAGUAUAUUUAUAUUUUUCCACCGUUGUAUAAUACACUUUGUAGUUUCAUUCUUAGCUCUCAGUAUGAAGAAGAAAUCAGAUGGAUCCAGUAAAUGUUUGCACAUGUUAUAAAAAAAAGUGGCAGCUGAUUUGGUAGAAAUAAGUUUUGGCUUUUCUUUUUUUAUUUGCAAAGGAUAAAAAAAAAUACAUUUUUGAAAAUGUGGUGUGGUGCCAAUUUUUGACUCAUAAUUAAUAUUUUGGAUCUUUGUUUUUUUACACUGAUUCUUAUUGGUUGAAGCUUUAUUUACAGACUAACUGUAGCUUGCAUUAUUUAAAUUGAUUAUUGCAUCAGUUUCCACUUUUUUGCUUUUAUCUGAGCCUCUCUCACACAACUGAGUUCUCAGAAAUAGACAUAUUUUGUCUGUUUAAGUUUAAAAAAGCUUUAAAUUGUCUUGUGAAGCUGUUAUUAGUGGACAGGAGACCCUCUUUGCUCUACAGAAUAGCUAGAAAUUAUCGUUGUGGCUCAGGCAGGUAUUGUAUGUCAAUUUGCUGUUAUUUUUCUAGUUUCAUUCCAUACAAUUUUCAGUACAGCACUAUGCAGCCUGGCACCUGCAGUGGAGAAUCAUAAGUAGUGUAGAAUAAAGUGGUUCAGAGGAUAUCUGGGUUUUGAAUGUAGCAUAAAACUGUUUAUACCGUCUUGACCUUGACCUGUCUGUGGAUAUCUUUGUACACCUCAGUCACACAAUUGCCAUUUUUAUUAACAGUACAGCAUUAAAUGAGUAGUUUAAUAAUAAUAAAUAUCUUUAUCUAAAACCAAAUCAUGAAAGUAUUGGCACUCAUAAGGAAUCAAGACCAAAUUUGGUCUUUUCUGUUGAUUUGAGUUUAUUUAAACUUUUAAGGUGCUGUGUUUUGCUGUGGCUAGCUUAGCAGACUGUAGUGACAGCCAUUUUGAAAUACAUUGUGGACUUUCAGAGGGUUACAAUAGACAUUGGGGAGCUCCUUUUGCCUUACUUUAAACAAUAGUUACGUAUUUAAACAGUUUUAUGUCCAAGAUUAUGUCAGUUUUGAUUGAAUGAUUUUGUUGCAAUGCUAAUCGCUAUCUUUGGUUGUUAACAUCAAUCUGCUUUAAGCUCACAGAAAACAGGAGUCACAUUUUGCCUGUAGUUAUAAAGUAUUCUGUGUCUAAGCUGAUUUUGUAGUAAAGCAACUCAUCACUGUUGCUCCCGGAGUUAAACAUAAAUAUUCUAAAGCAGACACAUUUGUCCAGUGUACUUGUAUUUAUUUAUUUUUUGUACCAUAGAAGGCCUGAAUUGUGAGGUGCUAGCUAGCUAAUGUUAUUCUGUACAUGCUACAGAGAUGCUAACGCUGUCACAAUCUCAACAAAAUUUACAAACCAGCAAGAGUUUUCCAAGUUAGAAGAGGCAAAACUGUUUUAUGCUAGAGUUUGAGUAGCAGGUGGUGUUAAAUAAAUGAGACAGUUUAGCACUAGCUAUAUUUUCAUGCAGUUUAAGAGAUAAUGUGGGGAAAAAAUAUGCACUCUAAUUAAAUUUUUAUUAUAGGAUUCAAAUUUUAAACAUUUUUUAUUUACCCAAGUGUCUGAUGGGGAUGGUUUUCAAAAAUUGCUUAAACCAGGAAUUUCUUGCUUUAGAGGUUUAUGGGAACUUAAUCAUGGGAAUUAAAUUUUGGUCAAGUGAUUCAUUUAGUUUAGCUCUUGCAUUCUGUUUUGUUCCAUCUGAUCAGUGUGAAGUUGCAUCAAUAUUCAGUUCUAGCAAAUGCUGUUCUUUUCAAAUAGUGUGGUGUUAGCUACUUUAUGAUGCUACGAAGGUCAUGAAAAAGAUCAGCAUUUUUGUACUUCCGCCACAUUUACAUUGAAAUAUGAAGCAUGACUACAUCCAAAUAAAUCAGAGACUCUGUUAUUAGGGGGUGAAAUAAACCUUUGUACCUCUGUAAUGGCAAUAUUAAAAUAUCUUGUGAUAUUACUUUGUUUAUUACUUGUUUAAAAUGCCAUUUGCCUCAAUCAGUGUAAAGGUGUGAUCAGAUACUUUUCCCUCUGUUUUUUCUUUUUUUGAUUCACUGUCCAAAGAUCCAUCCCUAAUCUGUUUUCCCCCCUUUUUCUCCACCUAAACCCCCUCUUCUAUUUUCCCCAUGACCCUCUCAAAUGUGAUGGAUCAAAGUAGUUCAGGGCCAGUUCAAGUGGUGGUGGUGAUCAUGAAGAGGUGAUUAGAUGUAAUAAAGUUAUGCCAGUGUCUACUUUUUCUAUACAAUUUCUGUGUUUUUUUUUUUUUUUUAAUAAAGAAGGAAAACUA